AUGUCACAAAAUAAAAACAUCCUAAAGGUUCAAAAAGGGAUUCCCGAUAAUUUUAAUAGACCUAUACCGACAAAAAAUUCACUUCUAUUAGACAAUAAUAACGAGAAAAUUGUACUUGACUGGUUUAAAAAUGACUUGAAAAAAUUGGGUCUCAAUUGUACUGGGUCUAUGGAUGAUUACAUCGCCGCUGCAAAGGAUUGCAUUUUACAAGUGGCAGAAAAAGUUAAUGAACUUCCGCGCGUUAGACUUAAAUUUGGUUUUUGUGGCUAUCGCGAUCACGAUGAUGAAUCUACCCGUCUAGAAAUUUUUGAUUUCACCGACUCUUGUGAAAAAUUUAGAAAAAAUAUAUCUACCGUAAAAUCUUUUGGUGGUGGAGAUUCUCCUGAGGAUGUCCUAGGAGGGCUUUAUGCCGCUAUGACUCGAUUGACUUGGAGAAGUGAUGCUCGAAUUAUUUUCCAUAUUGGUGAUGCUCCACCUCAUGGUAAAAAGUUUCAUUCCGACGCAGAUGACUAUCCAAACGGUUGCCCAUGUAAAUUAACUGAUAAGGGUGUAUUGCGAAGAAUGCAAUCAAAGAAAAUUAGAUAUGUUUUCGGAAAGAUUGAUAGUUGUACUGAUACAAUGAUUAAGAUUUUCCGUAGUAUAAUUGGUGAAUUUUUAAUAUAUGAACUUUACGGAGGUGAUCCAGUUGAACUUGUUAAUAAAUUUUCAGAUUCCAUUUUUUUAUCUAUCACCAGUACACUUGAAGACAAAAAAAAGGUUUCACAACAAAAACGUGACAUAUAUCCUAAUAGGCCCGAUUGGAAAUAUAUUAAAGAUUUUCAAGAUUUUAGACAAUGUGUAACUUUAUGUUACAUUAUUCCCGAAAAUGCAGAGCAAGUUAAAGAUGUAGAAUUUUUUAGUAAAGAAAAUCUGGUCCCUAAAAGUCUUAAAUUCAAGAUUGCACCUCUGCCUUUUGCUACUGGAACUGAAAAAUAUGCUUAUUUUGCUACUAGUAAUUUACACGCAGAUAUAGUGAUUAAAGAAUAUAAAUCAGGAAGUUCGUUUCAAAAAUAUCUUGAUUCCGUGGAGAUUUCGGCUAUAACAAGUUAUCUUAGUAUAAAAUUCAAUUCAAUUGCAGAAAAGAAUAAUAUUAAUAUUCCCGCUGUAAACUUUCUUAGUGUAAAUAUUCUAUGCACUACAGUUGAUAAUAAGACUAAAUACUAUAUUGUAGAACAAGAAUUUGUUAAUGCACAGUUUAUACGGUUCAAUUCAAAUGGUGGAUUUAUUCAAAAUUAUCGUCCAACCCUUGAGGCAUUCGUUCAUUUUACCUAUGAACAUACAGAAAAAUAUUUAAUUGUUACUGAUCUUCAAGGAAUUGAAUUACAAGAUAAAUUCAUCUUAACUGAUCCGGCAAUUCAUUGCGUUGAUCGUUCAAGAUUCGGGAAAACAAACCUCGGUAUAAAAGGGAUUGAUAAAUGUUUAUUAACUAGUCAUAAGUGUAAUGAUAUUUGUAAGAAGUUAGAAUUGACUUCUUUUG